UGAGCAACCUGAAGCAACGAAAAUGGUAUGGUUGGAGGGUCAGUCAAAGCGAAUUGUCCCAGAAGCCGCAGACAGUCUGCAGAUGAGCCAGGAAACUGGAGCAGUGCCCUUGGGGUCCAUCAUGCUGGGCAGCACUGGACAGCCAGGGAUGGGGUGCCCCCUGGAGCACAUGCACUACGAUCGUAAGCAGCUAUGGCGAGGCCCCGAAGUCAGCCCAGAGGCCAACAUCCCCACUGACCUUCUCAGCCUGGAUCACUCGUUCGGGUACGACUGCCGGCGUCGGGCCAACCUGCAGCUGCUAGAGGAGUCCACACUGACCUUCAUCGCCGGGAACUUCCUUGUCUUUCUGGAUGUGUGCGCCAGGAAGCAGCGCUACAUCAGCAGCUGCAGUGGGGAGGGCAUUGGCGCCAUCAUGGUUCACCCCAGCAGGCAUUUCCUGGCUGUGGCAGAGAAGGGCAACCGACCCAACAUCGUCGUGUACGAGUUCCCCUCCCUGCAGCCGUUUCGCAUCUUAAGAGGGGGCACUGCCUGGGUUUACACCACGUUGGCCUUUGACCACGAGGGCCUCCUGCUGGCAAGUGUGGGUGGUGCCCCCGACUACAUGCUGACGCUGUGGGCGUGGCGUGAGGAGCGCGUGCUGCUCCGCUGCAAGGCCGCCUCCCAGGAUGUCUAUCGCAUCUCCUUCUCCUCUGACAGCCCUGCUCAGCUUACCACCUCUGGGGCCGGACACAUCAAGUUCUGGAAGAUGGCCAGUUCCUUCACAGGCCUCAAGUUGCAGGGGCAGCUGGGAAGGUUUGGGAGGACGACACCCACAGACAUCGAGGGCUAUGUGGAGUUUCCGGACGGAAAGGUGCUGUCGGGGUCAGAGUGGGGCAACAUGCUGCUGUGGGAGGGUGCUCUGAUCAAGGUGGAGAUCUGCCGUAGGGGCGGCCGGCCCUGUCACAAUGGCGCCAUCCGCCAGUUUGUCUUGGAUGAGGGCGAGAUAUUGACUGUCGGCAUUGACGGUGCUAUCAGGGCCUGGCACUUUGAAAGCAUGGAUGGUGCAGACUCCUCCGACGGCAGCGACCUCUUCGAGCUGGAGCCCAUGAAUGAGGUGCUGGUUGGCCGUGGUGUGUGUCUGGUGUCCAUGGUGAAGGGCACCACCCAAGGAUCCUCCAUCUGGUUUGCCCAGGACUCUGGUGGGGCUGUCUGGAAGCUGGACCUCUCCUUCUCCAACAUGACCAGGGACCCAGAAGCGAUUUUCACCUUCCACUCCGGACCCAUCGUCAGUAUGGACGUGUCCAGAACCAGCCACCUUAUGGCCACCAGCGCACUGGACCGCUCUGUCAGGGUUUUUGACUUGCUGGCUCAGAGGGAGUUGAUCUGCAGCCGGUUCAGACAGAAUGCAACUACAGUCACCUGGGAGCCCCGUGGGGGGCAGCUCCUGGCUGUGGGCUUUGAGGAUGGCCUCCUGCGCCUCCUGGAAUUCUUCUUGCCCCCAGAGGAGGGAGGCUAUUCCCCCGAUGGUGCCCAGCUGCAGCUCCGGCAGGCGGUGAAGCCCCACUGGGGUCCUGUCAGCGCCAUCGCUUUCCAUUCCAGCGGAAGGCUGCUGGCCACGGGUAGCAAAGAUGGGACUGUGUUUUUCUUUGUGGUGGGCGAUCCAUACGAAGCCAUCGGGUUAAUCACGGUGCCUGGGCCAGUGUGCUCCCUGCAGUGGGCCCCACCAUCACAGGGCAGGAAGGCCUUGCUAAUCCUGUGUGAGAAUGGCCACGUGGUGGAAGUGGGGGCCCCAGAGCCGGGCAGCCGGGCUCCCAGACACCAUAGCUAUGAGCUUGAAGACCUGCCCCGGAUGCACUUCCACUUCCACUCCGUGAAGUCCCACAUCAGGCGGGAUGAGGAGGUUACCAGGAGGAAGGCUGAGAAGCAGAAGAGAAGAGUGGAAGAGGAGCAGCAGCUGAAGGAGUCCCUGGAGGAGAAGGAGCCAUGGGGUGAAGAGGAGGAUCUGCCUCCUCUGUACAUCCCCGACCCCCCCAGCCCCCUGCUGUGCGGCUUCUAUUCUGGGCCUGGAUCAUUCUGGUUGUCUAUGGGUGGCUUUGAUGCCGGCUUCCUGUACCACUGCCGCUUUUCCAGUCAGCAGGAGCAGGCGGCCGAGCGUCGGCAUGAUGAGCCCUUUGCCGUCGUCCCGCUGGGGCAUGGGGAGGAUGAUGCUGUGCAGUGCGUCAGCAUCAGCUGUGGCGGCCAGCUGCUCCUGUGUGGCAUGCAGACAGGUCGUCUCCGGGCAUACCCUCUACAGCUUGAAGACCCGCACCUCUGCUCCCUCCGGGCCUCCUGGGUCCUUGGCGUCCAUUACAGCCAGAACGGGACCGUGCGCGCCAUUCGCUGUAGCCACGAUGACCGUUUUGUGCUCACUGUUGGCGACGACGGCAACAUCUUCUCCUUCAGCCUGCUGGCCCCGUGGGGGGGUCUUGGCAUCCCACAAGACCAGGAGACAGCCUCACCCCCCCCACCUCUGCCCAGACAGAAAGUGGCCCAGGACAUAGAGGACCCCCAAGCCUACAGCCUUGAGACAGCCAGGCAGUGCACUGAGCUGGAGCGCCUUGCUCAGGAGGCCGAGCACAGGAAAGUAGAGCUGCGCAGAGAGCUGGUCGAGCUGCAGAAGCGCUUCCGGGAGCUGCAGUGGAGGACCCGGGAGCUGCCCAGUCACACGGAGCGGACACUGGACCAGAGCUUUCAGGAGGAGGUGAAGCAGAUGACAGCCCAGCGGGUCGCUGAAACCCAGAGGAAACUGGCCUGGGAGAGGGAGUGGUACCGGCUCAGCCUAAAGAAGCUUCAGGAUAGGCUUGGGGAUCCGCUCGAGUCAGACACCAUCAACGUGGUGGCAUUUCACAGUCCCCAUCGGGUCUCCACCUGUCGCAUACUGACGCCCUCACCAGAGCAGCAGAUCCAUGGUACUGGCACUGGGCCAGAGAAGCGGCUCCCUGGAACAGAGACAGAACCGGGGGGCGUGGCGGCACCGGUCCAGGCAGCCUGUACGAUCAUCCACAUUUUGAUUUCACUACAGAUCCACUGGAGAAAAACCGAGAUGAACAGUCAGGUUGUUGGGCUGCGUGACUCCAAGCUGCAGCUGCUGUCCCAGCUGCGCAUUCAGAUGCAGCAGCUGCAGGUAGUGCAGGUACAGCUGCCUCCAGCCCUCUGUAUUGCCCCUCCCACUAUCCUGGGCCCACUGCCUGAGGAGACCCCCAAGCAAAAGCUGCAGCCCAGCCCAGCCACACUGCUGCGCCUGCAGAGCCUGCAUGCAAGGAGAGCUCCACCUGGUGGGGAGAGGGAGGAGCUUGGCCUACUUGAGCUGUUGGAGCAUGCUGGUGGGGAGCAGGCAGAGCACGACAACAUGCCCAUCAGUGAAUGCCCCCCUUGUCAGUCCAUCCAGCUGGAAGGUCAUGCCUUCACAGAGCUGGAGGAAGAGAUAAGACGCGUGGAGGAGAUUAAGCUGCUUCACCUGCAGGACAGCCUGCUGGCCCAGAUGUCACAGGACAUAUCAGACUUUGACACCCGGCUGAAGCUCCUUCGUCAUGGCAAGUUGAAGCUGGACGUGAAGCUGAAGUUGUGGGACCUGCAGCACAUCACACUGUACCAAGAGCUACUACUGCUCAGGGAUUUUGAGACAAGAGAAGACAGGCUGCAGGAGGCACUGCGCUGGCGUCAGGAGGAGUGGUGGCUGCUCACGUCCAAGCUGGAGGAGACCAGACAGCAGCUGCAGGUUAAGCAGCAGGAAGUGGCCCAUUUGCAGGAGCAGGAGAAGGUUCUCAAUGCCACCUUUCAGGCUCUCUUGGGGCCAAACAACAAGUGGGGCCCCUUCCUCACCAAGGUCUUCAGGAAGAAGGUGAAGCGGGUGAAGAAGAGGGAGAAGACUGGGGAGAUAGAGGAGCAGGGGGACAGUGCUGAAGAGUCGGAGGGAGAGUCGGACUGGGAUGAGGAUGAAGACUCUGAGAGUGGCAGUGUAGAUGAUACCACGUGCCCCCCCAACUGUGACCUGGAUCUUUUUGAGGGCACAAUCCAGCUACGUGAAAGCCGCCUGGAGCUGGAGGAAUUGCUGGCAGAAGAGAGAAAGAACGCAGAGUUCCUCAGAAAGGAGUGUGACUCCCUUGCCAAGAAGGAGGGAGUUGUUCUGAGCAGCCUCAGGGCAGUAGAGGGCGACAUAGAGCUGCUCAACCGAGAGAAACAGCAGAAAGUGAACCAGUUAGACGUAGUGGUUCCUCUCAGACUGAAUCAAAUUGAGUUCCUCCAUAAAGGAUUGAUUCCUACCAAACUCACUCAAGCACUGGUUCUGAACAUAUCAGCUCUGGCGGGCCUUCAGGAGCGAAUCAUCCAGCUGCAGGUAGAGCAGAGCCACCAGAAGGCGCUUUACCAAAAGGCCCGGAAGCAACACGUGCAGCUGAAUCACGACUGCAAACAAAUGGAGGCCAGGAUACAAGAGCUGCAGCUCCAAUGCGAGCAGCUGAUGCAGAAGAAGUUCGGCCGUCCAGUGGACCUGGAGGUGCUGCAGACUCUGUGCAGGAGCCGGAUCCUGGAGGAAAUGUGGCAGGAGCGGAGCGCCAAUGGGGCAGCCAGCGCCCAGGAGAUGCAGCUGUGGCAGGAGGAGGUGGCAAGGUGCAAGCGGGCUGUGAUGGAGAUGACGAGGCAGCACACAGAGGCUCUAUGGGCCAUGAGCAACCUGCUGGCUCAGAAGAAAGAGCUAGAAAACAGGCUGGACACGAGGCAAGGCAAAAUGGGAGCUCAGUUCCAGAAGUUGGGGCGGGUGGUGGACAGGGACAUAUCAGGGAUCCAGCAGCUGCUGCAGCGUCAAGCAUGUGAGAUACAGGUCCUACAAGUGGAGAUCUGCGCUCUGCUACGCAAGGGAGGCCACCCCCCCUGCCCCCCACCACCCACCACCCCACUCUGA